GAUGCGGGGUUGAUAAGCUCAAUCUCGUUCGUCCAAAUGUUCGUGGAAUUAUCACCUAAUCUCUCUCCAGAUUUCCAUCUACGUUUAUUUUCCAAUAACAUACUGCCCAAGGGAACUGCUCCAUCGUUGCAGAUGUAAUAUGUAUGGUAUGAUUGAUUGAGGUACCUUAUGACUUUGGCCGGUGACUUUUCUGAUUGAGUGCGGGAAUGCGCCAAAAUAUGUGGCCUGGUGACGUCGGUAACCUUAAGCUAAGGCCAGGAUUCCUUAAUUCACGUCGUUGCUUUCCUUGCCCUCAGAUCUACCAACAUCGACAUCAACAUCAACAUCAAAGCAACGCAACGCAAAGCACGAACUCACUACGUGAAUGGCCAUGAUUUGAUUCAUACCUGAAAUCUGCACAAACAAACAUGGCAGGUUCUUCAGAAAUGAAGGCAUUAAGUUUGUAUUUUCUGACCUUUAAUUGUGGUCUCACUCUUAUCGAUACUGAUGCAUUUGCCUCUCAACUCUUUAAUGGCCUCUCGUCUCCUAACUUGCCAGACCUACUCGUUCUCUCCCUACAAGAAAUUGCGCCAAUACCAUAUUCUCUCAUAGGUGGAUCCUUCCUGGUACCAUACUUCAAUCGAUUCCACGAUGCGGUCGGAAAAGCCUCGAAGAAAUUAUCAAACGAUGGGUCGGCAUAUACUUCGAUCGCAGCACGAAAUGUUGGCUUGACGGGAAUUAUGAUAUUUGCAAAGGACCCAACACUUAUACAAGAUCUAGAGGCUAGUGAAAUUGGAGUAGGAGCUUGGUCAAUGGGAAAUAAAGGAGCAGUCGGAAUAAGAUUUACAUACGGAAGUGGAAAUACCUCAACGGAGUUAACAUUCGUUGCGGCACAUCUUGCUGCUAUGGAAGAAGAACUGCAGAGACGAAACCAAGACUGGAAAGAUAUUGUCCGCGGAUUAGUAUUUUCUUCGACAACCUCGAAUUACUCCACAACUUUACCGCGAGGUGAUGAAGAUAGACCACUGUUAUCCAUUUCACCACAAGAUGGUUCGAUCUUCAAAGCAACAUCCCAUCUGUUUUUUGGCGGUGACUUGAAUUAUCGAACCUCCUUGCUUUCCCCAGCGCCAAAUGAUCACAUUGAUACAUUUCCACAACCGGGCGAUUCUACUUCCUCUUCCAAUCAUUAUGCAACCCUAUUCAAAAACGAUCAGCUCAACCAAGAAAGAUUGGCUGGUCGAACUUGCCAUGGGCUUAUCGAAGCUCCAAUAUCAUUCCCACCUACAUAUAAAUACAAUUCCGAAGGGCCAUUCAUGACAUCUGAUGACGAAUUAAACAAGUGGCCGUGGGCAAAGCAUAGAUGGCCGAGUUGGUGUGAUAGGAUUCUGUAUCUUGAUAUGCCAUCUUGGGUACAAAAGAGCAAUCCAGAAGCCAGAAUUAUCCCAAACAAAUACUCUGCAUUGCCUCUUCUCCCAACAUCGGAUCAUAGAGCUGUAGCUUUAGAUGUAACGAUUCCUUUGUUACCUAUUCCAGAACCUGAAGACGAGGAGAGUGUGAAUGAUCCUCGGGUCAAAAUGCCAUUUGACAUCGAUAUUGAUUGGAAGAAGAAGAGGGAGAGAGCUAGAACGAUGGAAUUGAUUGUGGGGUAUACAAUGUACUUUACAGGUUCAAAGGAGGGAGCUGCUCUGUUCGUUGCAAUGGUUGUUGGCGGAGUGGGAGCUAUAUUUGUUUUCAAGUCGUUAUUUAGUGCUUGAAGAUCAAGCUACAUUGAGAUAUGAUAUCUGACGCGGAGCCAUUAUCGGGCAUAUCAAAGACAAAAAAUGCUUCAGUCUACA